AUGCCGUCGACAGAACUCCAGAAGCAGACGACCGCCCUGCGCAAGUCGCACGCAAAGUCGGCCGCCCCGGCCGUUGCGGCGAGCAGGCCAUCCGCCUAUGAAAUCAUGGCCGCCCGCAUCGCCAACCGUGUCGCUGAAAUGGCCGAGAACAUGACUUUCAUCGAGCGUCCCCAAGCUGCUCCCGCACCGGCGGUGCAGGAACAGACCAUUGUCAACGGCAAGAAGCAGCCGCGGAAGCUUGAGAUCCGGUUGCAGAACUCUGCACCCGACCAGGUCUCUUUCUCUGCGCCUUUCCUCGACAACACCCUGUCGAAGAUGCUGGCUCUGCAGAACCGCAUGCUGCAACUCGGCAGCGAACUCUCCAAGGACGAGUCCAUCUCCGAGGAAAUCAAGAAGGAGCAGUUCGCCCAGAGCGCCGAGCUGAGCAGAGUCAUCGCCUUGAUCUGCGCUGAGAAGGCCAGGCAGGGUGGUUAA